UCCAGCCCGAUCCGCCCGCCGGCUCCCCCUCCCUCGAUCCCUCGGGUCCCGGGAUGGGGGGGCGGUGAGGCAGGCACAGGCCCCCGCCCCCAUGGCCGCCCGUCGGAGCCAGAGGCGGAGGGGGCGCCGGGGGGAGCCGGGCACCGCCCUGCUGGCCCCGCUCGUGCUGGGCCUGGGCCUGGCGCUGGCCUGCCUUGGCCUCCUGCUGGCCGUGGUCAGCCUGGGGAGCCGGGCAUCGCUGUCUGCCCAGCAGGAGCCUUCCCAGGGGGAGCUGGUGGCUGAGGAGGACCCCGACCCGCUGGACCUGAAUCCCCAGAUAGAGGAGCGACAGGAUGCCCUGCCUUUCCUGAAACUGGUUCGGCCUCGCAGGAGUGCACCUAAAGGCCGGAAACCACGGGCACGCAGAGCGACUGCAGCCCACUAUGAAGUUCACCCACAACCGGGACAGGACGGAGCGCAGGCGGAGUCUUGUCGCUCUGAUCAUUUUUCUCCAAAUGUUUCCAGUCUCUGCUCUUCUUUUCCAUCCUUACCCCACUCGCCACCUCAGCGCCAUGACCUUGGAACCUCAAACUCAUUCUCCAGUCCCUUCCCCAUUCUAGACUUUCCCCGCCCCCACUCUGUCCCACCUGUGUUGCUAAGCUAAGCCCCCCUGAAGCCCGCCUUCCAUUAUCCUGUUGCUUUUCUGCUUGGAUCGCAGCCUCUGCCUGGUCUGGUCUCAACCUCUUUUCCUGGCACACGCUUAUGCCUUCUCCACACUUGUUGGGCUGACACCCCCUCCCCAUCAGCAUGCCUCGUCUGGACUUUGCACAUCCUGUUCUCUCACUUGGAAUGCUCUUCCAUGUGAGAGGUCAGGAGGCAAGACAUGAGAGUGGCUUAGUCUAGGGGUCUGGCAGCAGAGAUGGAGAGAAGUAGAUGGAUUCAGCGUGUGGCUUGAAGAUAGGGUUUGCUGUGGGGAUGAGAAGGAUAAGGGAGAGGGGGGAAUCAGAAAUGGCUUCUAGAUUUUCUGUUUUGUUUUUUU